AUGAAAGUUCCUACGAUUUCUAGUGAUUUUGAGUCAAUUCCAGUUCCAAUCCCAACCAAUUCCAAUUCUAGAAUUGGUAUUGGAAUUGGUGCAUGCCUAUUUAAAUUUAAUUUAGAUAAUACAAUGUCGUAUCAUUAUUUAUUUCCCAAUAUAACUAAAUUAACAAUAGAUGCAGAUAAUAAAUGGUCGAUUGAAUGUGCUGCACAUCUUUAUCAAUAG